CUCAAAAAACAACAUGAAUUAAAUGAAUUGGAUGUAGUUGUACUUCUGCACUUAAGCCAGAUCCUGUAUUUUAACUACUCUCAAGAAGGACAUCUACUUCAAAAUUGUCAAGAUGCACUUGUUUUUCCUUCUGAUGAACUUGAUAGGCUUAAAGAAAGAGUAAAUGAACUAAAGAGUGAAGCUGUUUAUCAAAGAGAUCUUCAUAGAGAAACACAUAUGAAAUACAAAAAAUUGGCCAGAGAGUGUAAUGGAAUGGAAAAAAAAGUUUCUCAGUUAGAGCAGCAAUGUCAGAAAGAGAUGACACAACGCUUUGGUCAGAUUGUGGACUUAGAACAUUUGGAGUUGCAAGGAGCAAACAUGAAACUAGGGGAAAUGCAGGCAAAGCAGAAAGCUUGUCAAUUGCAUCAUGAUAGUGUUCUAAAGGAAUGGGAGAGAAAUAUUGAAGGUAAAAGAGACCAGCUUGCCGUGUUAUUAAAAAAUAACAGUCAGCAUCUUCAGGUGUUGGCAACACUAACUCAAGAAAAACUGCAGUUAGAAGAAGAAUUGCAGAAAAGGCAGAGAAAAAUGCGAGCUUCUUCAGCAGGGCUAAUUAGUUUAAUAACUAAUAAUGAUAAGUUAUUCCAAGGUAAUUGA